GCCUCAGGCUGACAGAGAAGACUUGGCAUCAACAGUAUCCGAUAAACCUGGCCUUCUUCUAUAUUCCUACCUAGUUGUCUUUUCGCCGCCGACUUGACGGUACAUCCCCUGGCCGUGCAGCCUCCGUCGAGACUUCCUUCAACGCGUCGUUUGAGCGAACCAUCAAACCUUCGCAACCAAACGACUUCCCAUCAAAAUGAACGCACCGGAUCGUUUCGAGCUCUUUCUGCUCGCCGAUGGCGAGAAGAAGAUUGAGGAGAAGGUCUAUUCUGGCAUGUCCAACACUUCAGACUUUCUUCUGAAGAAGGAAGACCACACUCUGGGCAACCUGCUCUCCGAGCACCUCAAGGCGCACCCCAACGUCUACAUGGCCGGAUACAAGAUCGCUCAUCCUAAUGUCCCCGAGCUUUACAUUCGGGUCCAAACUGACGGAACCAUUUCUCCUCGCGACGUGUUUACGUCGGUAUGCGAGAAGCUCAUCAACCAGCUCGAGAUGUUGUACCAGGAGUUCACUCGCGAGUGGGAGCUGAGACGCAUCACCAACACUGGAGACCAAGGAGGCAUGCCAUCCAAUGGUCUCUGA